AAUAGUGAGUACAGCUCCGGAGUAUUGUACAUUGAUGAUGUCUGCUCCGCAGGACGUUCUCGUUCUCAGUCAGUUCAUCCGCUCGGACGGUGGGAUGUUGCCGCGGAAGGUGACGGGUCUGUGUACAGAGGAACAUAAGAAGGUGGAGGCCUGUGUGAAGAUGGCGCACCGCGCAGGACUGUUUCCCGACCAUCGGCCAAAACUACAAGAAGGUCAGAAACCCAAAGAGAAAUUCCAUCUGAACAGGUACCUCACUUACUGGUCUCCGUCCUCCGCUAAACCCAUCCUGAGGAAAGGCCUGAAGUGGUGUAAGAAGAAGAUGCUGGUCGGUGACCCCCUCCUGAAGGAUAACGUGCAGUACAGUCGCAGACCGUUGCUCCUGAAACAGUGACCGGAUCUUGUGUCCUGCACAUGUGACCAUGUCAUACAUGAAUAAAUGUGUUUUCGUUA